AUGAAGGAGAACAUGAGCCACCAGAACCAGGGUGCCGACGUACUUUCGUUCGGCUUCUUCCAGGGCUAUUCCAACCUGAAACGGUCUAUCCGUCAUGGCCCUCAUGACCUACUAGCCAGCCAUGGCCUCGCCACAGCUGCACUCACCAUUCCCUCGACGGAGGCUCAACGCACGGCGCGGCUUAAGGAUAAGCAGCAGCGGCUCCUGGCCCAGCGACAGAGGGUCGAAGCAGCCAUGCAAGCGAAUGAGUUUGCGUUCCGAUUCGAGCAGGUCAUUUCCAUCGAUGCUCCACGACUCGUGCGUCGUCGUCGAAACUUCAGUAGCGUGCUACAACCCAUUUUCCAACUCAUGCGUCUCUUCCUCAAAGAGAAGCAACUCUAUGCAGGCAUCCUCCGGCGUUUCAACCCGGAUAUCUUUCCAGGAGUCAUGGUGGCUUUUGCUCGGGUCAUGGAAGCAGCCAUAGCAGAAAUGGACCGUCGCUUUCGCGAGGCAGGGUCGAAAGGACUGGGCAUGGCUCUCUCCGAAGGCGUCGCUGCUCUCGAUCGACUAGGCAAUUUUUGCUUCACUGGGGACCCGAGGGUGCUGCCUACCAAGGUCAUGAGGCUCCUUGGCACGAUGGAUAGUCUAAAAAGAUGUGGCUGGCCAUUUAUAUCGCCGCGAAUGUUGGACAUCCGAGAUGGGCAAGGACUCGUCAACCUUGUGGGAUGGCCACAGCUGAGCAAUGGACGGCCCGUUCUGAUGCAUGUUGCCUCGCUGGAAUACCACUACGAUAGAACUGUAGCAUCUAACCGACACAGUCAAUUGUGGUUUGCUGAGCUUGGGGGUCGGUCAAUAGACGGGAUGGAUAGGAUGACAACGUUCCUUCAUGAGGUAUUCCAGGAUCUGUGGAUACCAGAGACAGUCGCUUUUAUUGCUCGCCAAGUUCGCCGUGGCUUGAAUCGUGGUAUCCGCAGUGGCGGUAGGAGCGGUGUUGGAGAAUAUGGUGAUGUAGACACGGGCAAUGAGGAGAGUGCUCAGGCGAUGAUCGCGUUAGAAGCCUGGGAGGCACGAGACGGUCCAUUCAAAACCUCAAACUUCGAGAAACUGUCGGCGGAAGUACUCAAGUUCGAUGACCGUUCGAUGGUGAAUGAGUCAAAGGUCGUGCUAAAGACGAGACGCGACUUUGCAGAAGAGAUCUUUGUUGCUCUGAUGGAGGGCGGUAGGAAGGGUCACCCAGGAGUCGAGUCUAUCGCACCGACCCACUCAACAUGGCCCUCUAUUCUCCGGGCCGCUAUCCAACACACCAGAGGCAGCUUCGCAACAAGGGCUCAGUGGGUCUCGGGCAUCGCAGCUGCCAUGGUAUCUGCGAGUAUCGAAUGGGUACCUGGCUCUCAUCGCCGGAGAUUGACGCAUCAACAGGUAGUACAACUCGUCGGAGCAGCUGCAUCCGCAACUGUCCUCGCGGCUCGACCCGACAGCCUCAAGAGAAGGGCGCUAGAGGCGGAGGCUCGUAGGUCGGUCGAUUCAACUGGCGUCAAGCGAGCGAAGAUCCGACCACGGAUCGAUCUAGGUUGCAAGAUACCGAUCAAGCAGAUCCCGGAUAUUGUGGAAAGAGGCUUUACGGAGAUACGCCGGCUCGUCGAGCGCAACCCCCGAGGUUCGGCCCAAUACGAAGUGUUUCAAUGUGUCGACCAAGAGAAGGGACCCUGCUCUUUUGGCAGCCAACAUGGUGACGAGAAUGCUCUGGUUCCUGCGGCCGGAGGCAUUUCCAUGGGACAAAGACCGUGA